UCUCAAACCAGUCGACGCUCCCAAAUAUUCUUCCCCGACCGAGAGUGAAAGAGAGAGGAAUCAUCUAGCGAGGCGCGUGCAGCAGAGUCCAAAACCGAGCUAGGGUUUUACACAACUCAAAACUCCCGGCCAGAAGAGAUGGCGGAUGGCUACUGGAAUAGUCAACCGUCUCUGCAUCCUUCAGCAAGCUUGCUCAAGCGACAUCGUUCUGACUAUGAUCUCCCAUAUUCUGGAAUGAAUGACACUAAAACAAUUGGAUCAGCAUAUGCUAGCUACCUCCAAAAUACGCAACUUCCUUCUUAUACUUCUGCUGAAGUUAGUAAUUUUGGUGGAGUCGGAUUAGGAAGCAAUGUUGGUGGUGGCAGCCGUGCUCUUUCCAUGGCUGAUCCAGUUGGGCUUGGUCAGCCAAGGGCUAUUUUUUCAGAUGUAGCACCAAAUGGUCGAGGCAUUGGAGUUGGUGGUCAGCUCUCAGUUGAUGCAAUGGCAAGGCCGGCCCGCGAAAGUCUGCCUCUCCCUCCCGAUGCUUCCAGUACUGUAUAUGUUGAGGGACUACCUUCCAACAGCACGACAAGAGAAGUAGCUCAUAUUUUCCGCCCUUUUGUAGGGUAUAGAGAAGUUAGACUCGUGAUCAAGGAAUCCAGACAUCGUGGUGGAGAUCCCCUAAUCCUUUGUUUUGUGGAUUUUGUAAAUCCUGCUUGUGCAGCCACGGCUUUGAGUGCAUUGCAAG